AUGGCUGUGCCACCCUCCACCUACCCCCGUCGCCUCCUGCCCCUCUUCCUGGGGCUUUUCCAGGGCACCCUGCUCCUCUUCUUUGCCCUCUUCAUCACCUAUGAUGAGCCCUCAGCACAGGCAGAGGAUACCAACUUGGUGGCCAACCAGGUCUACAGCACCUUUCCCUUUUUCCAGGACAUCCAGGUGAUGCUGGUGGUGGGGCUGGGACUCCUGCUGACCUUCCUGCCCCACUACGGGUUCAGCGCCUUCACCCACAACUUCCUCCUGCUCAACUUCUCCAUGCAGUGGGCGCUGGUGCUGCAGGGCCUGCUCCAUCACUUCCACCACGGCCAGAUCCACCUGGACCUCCACAAACUCCUCAUCUCUGAGUUUGCUGCUGUGACAGUGCUCAUCUCCGUGGGGGCCAUCCUGGGGAGGGCCAGCCCCUGCCAGCUGCUCGUCAUGGCCAGCUGUGAAAUCCCCAUCUACCUGGCCAGCGAGUGGGUCAUCGUCACCUGUCUGGGCGUUCUGGAUGUGGGCGGCACCAUCACAAUCCACGUCUUCUCCUGCUAUUUCGGCCUUGGUGUGUCCAAGGCUCUGUUCAGGGCAACACAGCAGCCGCUGCACCCCAAGGAGACCCCAACACCCAGCUCUGACCUCAUGUCGCUGGUGGGGACACUCAUCCUCUGGGUUUUCUGGCCCAGCUUCGUGGCUGUCCUCUGCCAACCGGGCGAUGCCCAGCACCGCGCCAUCCUGAACACCCUCCUGGCCAUGAGUGCCGGCGCCAUAACCACCGUGGUGGCCUCCAGCCUGCUGGAGAGGGACGGCAAGCUCAGCCCCGGCCACCUGCAGAACGGCAGCCUGGCCGGCGGGGUGGCCAUCGGCGUGGUGGCCGACAUGGCCAUGCCACCAGUGGCCGCUCUUGCCCUGGGCAGCCUCUCGGCCGUGGCGUGUGUCCUCGGCUUCAGGUUCCUCAGCCCGCUCCUGCGGAGGAAGCUCACGCUCCACGACCAGUGUGGCAUCCACAACCUCCACGGCUUGCCCGGCAUCCUCGGCGCCGCAGCCAGCGUCGUGGCCAUCCUGGUGGCAUCCAAGGACACCUCCGGGCCACAACCCUCCCAGCUGUCCCCCACUGGGGGCAAUGCCAGUGAGGUGGUGGAGGGACAGAGGGGGGUGGCCGGGCAGGCGCUGUGCCAGGCAGCGGGGCUGGCGGUGGCCGUCGGUGCCUCGCUGCUCGCCGGGCUGCUCACCGGUGCCGCUCUCCGGCUGCCCUGCCUGGCCCGGCCGCCCGAGCGGCUCUGCUUCGAUGACUCGCAGUAUUUUAAGAUCCAGGAUGAGGCUGAGAGCCCAGAGCCAGACAACAGCGCAGAGGAAGGAGCCCUGGCUCUGAAGGAGCAGGUUUAG